GUGAGAGUUUUACUUUUAUUUUAGCAGAUCUAUAUCUUUGAGCUUUCAGUUUCAGUUUUAUUCAUUAAGUUGAAGAAUAUACCUAAAGACCGUACGAGCAUGAAGUGGCUCAUGACUUGACUAUUUGUGCCGGUGUGGAUUGUCAAAGUUGAAUUGUAAUCCCAACUAUGGAUGGUCUUGUGAUUGAAGAGGAAUUUGUUGCAAGUGAGGAGGAUGAAAUCACACAUCCAGUACCGUCUGCCGUCACCAAACUGCAGGGAGAUGAUGAAAUGUCAGCGAAAAAAUUCAUUUGCGAUGUGUGUGGGAAGGGCUUAUCAACCAAGAGCAGCCUCAAAGUGCACAAUCGUAUCCACACUGGGGAACGUCCAUUUGCUUGUACUUUUUGCAGUAAAUCUUUCCAAACCUCCAAUGGCCUGGCUGUGCAUAAACGAAUACACACCGGAGAACGGCCCUACCAUUGCAGUCAGUGCCCCAUGUCGUUUAAAAUCAGUAAUCAGUUAAAAAGGCACCGGGUGACUCACAUACAGAGACCUCUGAUCCGGUGCCAACGAUGCGGUAAGGAUGUCGAUUUCAAGAAACCCAAAGACCAGAGGGCACAGGACUUAUGCGAGGGUGGCAAACAGCACCAACGGCCUCCCAGAAUUUCCCAUGCGUGCGGCAAGUGCAGUAAAACGUUCAGCGGCGUGUCUGCCCUGACGAGACACUGGCAGCGCACCCACAGCAAAAAGUCUUUCCAGUGCGUCACGUGCGGCAGAGCCUACAACCAGAACAGCGCCCUCAUGAUUCAUCAGCGGAUACACACUGGGGAGCAGUUUGUCUGUGAGGUGUGCGGGAAGCGCUUCCAGCAGAACAGUCACCUGACUGUACACCGGCGGGCGCACUCAGGAGAGCUGCCAUUCCAGUGUAAAUACUGCCCUCGUGGGUUCAAGCAGAGUAGUCAUCUCAAGGACCAUCAACGUCUUCACACCGGUGAGCGACCGUUCGUCUGCCAGUGUGGCAAGUCUUUCAGGCAGAGUGGGCAGCAUAGGGACCACCAGAGGUUCUACUGUAGUUUCAAAAAGAUCCUUGAAGUUUCAGACUUGUCCCCGGUUGAAACUUGACGUCUUUUGUAGCAAUAUAUUUAUAAUACCAAAGCAACUUGUCAAUAAUGUUUUUUUAUUGUUUUUAUUGUAGAGUACAUUCAGAGCAAAGUUAAUGCAUAGGGCAAUAGGUGACUUGACCCCAAAAUGAUUAAUACAUUGUGACCAGCAUGGUUAUUAGUAUUAGCCCUAAUUUUGGGGGUGGGUGGUUUUGCCCAAAUUCUGAUCACAAAAAUGCGAUAGUUGGAUUGUUAUAUUGUAUGCUAGUAUAGACAUUCAUGUUUAGUACGCAUGCAGUUUUUACCUGAACAAACUAACCAUUUUGUAAUUAAAAUUACAGUCGAAUCUCGUUAGUACAAACUCUGUUAAUACAAAAUUCUGGUUAUAACAAACAUAAAAACUUAGUCCCGACUGUGCAUUUAUGUGCACAAUGAAUGGGGCUGAUGUUCCUCUUAAUACAAAAUUCUGAUAUAACAAACAAUUUGGCUAGGUCCGAACGAGUUUGUAUUAACGAGACUCAACUGUAUUAAUGUUUCAUACUCCUGUGCCUGAAUGAAUACGUUUUCCAUUUGAAAACAGAUUUGCA